AUGGCGGCGUCUCUACAGAGCAUACAGACGGCGAUCGAGCGAAUCAUUCUCGACCCUCGAUACCAUGACGUCCUCGCCGUAGUCAAGGGCGCCCGCAAUGGUGCCGUCUACGGCACCAAAGUCCGCUUUCCUCAUGCGCUGGUCAUGAUCUUCCUGUUCCGAUCUGGGACCUUCCGGGAGAAGUUCUGGCUCGUCUUUCGCGCCACCCGCACCCACGCGCGCAACCUUGCCAAGUUUGCAACUAUAUAUAAGUUGACGUGCAUGCUGCUGAAGCACUAUGGGCCUGGCCAGGCCGGCAAGGAAGGUCCCUACGACACGCUCGUCGCCGGCCUACUUGGCGGUUAUGUCGUAUUCGGCGGGCGCUCGCGGACCUCGGGCAAGAUCUCGAGCGUCAACCAGCAGAUCGUCAUCUACGUCUUUGCACGCGUGGUACUGGCCCUCGCCAGGCUGGCUGUCAAGAACGGCUCGCCCUUUGCGCUACCCCUCGUGUCCAAGGAGCCGACGAGCAGUCGGGUGAGCUACUAUGCAUGGCCCGUGUUUGCAAGCGUGAGCUGGGGCAUGGUCAUGUGGCUGUUCAGGCAUCAUCCCGAGGACCUGCAGCCGAGCUUGAGGAGUAGUAUGAGCUACAUCUACGCGCAGAGCAACGAAUGGGACUCAUUGCGGAAUUUUGUCUGGCAUAACAAAUGA